GACGCGUGACGUUGUAUUUAUCGUAUAAAAUACCGGCAUGCGCGACUCCGGGCAUCAGUACUGGUUCUUACCUCUGAACGACCAAAUGAAGCACAAAUAAGGGGCACAGCGCGUACGCAUAACAGCUCUUGAUAUCACACGAAAGCUAUCAAGUUGCAUUUAAACGAUCUAGUCAAUACUUGCAGUAUAUAUCAAACCGCACAUACGCAAGAUGCUGGUUGGUGGUGCUGUUAGCUACGUCGCUGGAAAGCAGGCGGUCCGCACGGUCUAUUGGCGAACUGCGAACAACGGCCGUCUUCUGAAGACAGCGAAAACUUGCAUGUUCCAAGGACCACCCAAACCCGCACCAUCGUCUACCGCAGCUUCUUCGGCAUGUCCCGCACAGUCGCAUAUGGACCUAAUACCCAAAGCCAUUUAAAAACUGCCAGAGAAAACCAUGUACCAGCAUGAAAGUUAUUCGUUAUAUACAGCAAACUGUACAUAAGAAACUGUUAAUUAUUUAAUCUCAUAUAAUGCAUAUUUAUAAAGUACUAUGACGACGCAAUAAAGCAACUAUUAUUUAUUUCUUCCUAUAAA